UCUUCACAAUUCUCAAGACUUCAAUUCAAUUCAACACAAAAUGUUCACUCAAAUGGUAGACGACAUUCUCCUCCAAAUCGGAGUAGUCCUCCUCGUCGUCGUCACCUUCCUAUUCAUCUACAAUGUCCCCCAGCGCGUCCUCGCCACUCUCCGCCUCCGCCUCCACUCCAAAUCCGCCAUCCAAUCCAAGCGCCACUUCGUCCUCGGCGCCCAGCUCCUCGACCAAGCCAGAUCCUCCUCCUCCGACGCCGCCUCUCUCUUCAAACAAGCUCUCGACCACGCCGACAAGGCCAUCGCUCUCGAACCCAAAGACGCCGCCGCUCACAUCCUCAAGGCCCUCGCGCUCGACGCCCAGGGAUUCAAGACCUCCGCCCUCGACGCCAUCGACGUCGCGCUCUCUCCUCUCUGCCGCAAGAGCCUCGUCGACGCCGAGCGCGGCGACGCGCUGUUCAAGCGGGCGGAGAUCAAGAUGUCUAUGAACCGGUCCCGCCGGGUUGACUCGGUCGUCGGGGAUUUGACAGCGGCGGUGGAACUGAGCCCGGAGAACGCCAAUGCGUUUUGCUUGCUGGGAGAGUGCUAUGAGGAGAAGAAGAUGACGGAGCAGGCCAAGAAGGCUUAUGAGGAGGCUUUGAAGCUUCGUCCCCGGUUCGCCGCCGCGAAGGAGGCACUGGACCGCCUUGGCUCGUCGUAGUUGAACCGGUUGUGGGUAGAUUCCGGCACCUAAUCUACCGCUUCUGCUCAAAGCCAGUGACCAUCUUUAGUAAUGGAAUCGGUCAGUUACUUAUCUACAGCAUUUAUAUCGUUUUCUGGAAUGAUGAGGUGCGUCUGUUAAUACCAAACGUAUUCUAUCAAGUGCUGUGGUAGUGUUUUCGGCUUUAGUUUUCGGCUUUAGUUGUUAAAGGCUGUAGGGUAGUCCUUUUGUGGAUUAAGGAAAUUAAAUAUAUGAGCAUUUGGUGUAUAACUUAUGCAAGGAUAGCAUAAAAAAGCUUUCUCCCUAUCCAUGAGGAGUACCUGGGUAUUAAGAUUAAACGUUGAUUGAGUAAAAGUCAGGAUAAGAGUUGCAUCAUUUGCUUUAUUCCCCUGGCGGAAAGUUGAAUCUGGUGGGUGUUGGAAAUAAAAUGGACUUGACAUUAUCUCAAAUACUUAAG